AUGCCGACAUAUAAUCCACCAGGCGAGCAGCACACUGCAUUCAUGCAAUGGGCCAUUGCUGAAGGCGUCAAAGUAAAUGGGGUAGAACCUGCCAGGAUCCCUGGCCGAGGGUUGGGUAUGAUAGCGACACGGGACAUACAAGAAAAUGAGGUAAUGGUUGAAGUGCCAAGAUCAGCCAUGCUAAGCAUUGAUAGCAUACCGGCUGAUUUCGUCAACAUGUUCAAUGGCAUAUCUACACACGGUCUACUCGCCGCGUUUCUCACUCAUGGUGAUCCGAAAACCUUGAAGAGAUAUGAUCUCUGGAAAGCUACAUGGCCGACCCUUCCGGACUUUGAGGAGGGAAUGCCGAUCCUCUGGUCUAAAGAACUCGGAGGCUCAGGAUUAAAGACUCCGAUUUCUACUAUCGCCACCACAUCCCAUCAACAUGACCUAUCACCUAUCACACUCCCGCCCUCAGUUUCCGGGUUGUGGAACACAUUUCACAAAAAGCCCCUCGCAGAAGAAUAUACAACGAAGCAUCAGAAUCUUCUCGCUCAACAAGAAGCUCGACUACGAGAAGCAUGGCGAGACGUCAUCGCCGUCUUCCCAGAUACAGAUUGGGAGAAAUUCUCGUAUCAUUGGUUAAUUGUUAAUACGAGGAGUUUCUAUUAUCUGAUGCCCGGGCAAGACCCGCCAGAAGACACAAAUGAUGCUAUGGCUAUGGUGCCGUUUGCGGAUUAUUUUAAUCAUACAGAUGAUGCGGAAUGUGAGGUACAUUUUGAUGGGAAGAGCUAUACAUUUCGGGCGACGAGAUUAUAUAAAAAGGGGGAAGAGAUAUACAUGAGUUACGGCCCACAUCCAAAUGACUUUCUUUUCGUUGAAUACGGAUUCUACCUCGAAACCAACGAAUCUGAUGCCAUAUUCCUGGACGACAUCAUCUUCAAAGACUUUACAGUCGCCGAAAAGGAAGAACUAAUCCGCCAAAGAUAUUAUGGAAAUUAUCAAAUCACUUUGGAAUCUGGCCCUUGUUUCCGCACCGAAGUCGCAGCAAGUAUGAAAUGCAUGUCUCGACGUAACUGGCGGAAUUACAUUCAGGGUUGCGGCGCACCGCCAAUUCCGGUAAAAGUUAAUGCCAUUAUUAGGGAUUGGGUUGAUGUAUAUCUCAAAGAUGCCACAGAGACAAUGGCCAAAUUGGAAGAGAUGCUUUCACGAGAGAAAGAUAGUUUGGCUCAGCGGAAGAUUAAGAUGUUGAUAGGGAGGUGGGAGCAGAUUAAACAGUUGUGUGAGGCUGUGAGUUCGAAGCUUGAUUGA